CGAUCCCACAGAUAGGCGCGGGGGUACAUACGCCUUGCGCCUAUAAAUUCCAGAUGGCAGAUUCGUAUCCUCCUCUUACAGAAGGACUUAUUCCACAACAUCGACCUGUGCCAAGCUAUCCACAGGACUACGACUUCAGUACCGGCUACAACAACCUUCAUUACCUCACACACCAUUAUGCCUUCGCCCCCCACUCUCAGCAGUCAAUGUCCAGCGAGGAGCGUUCUCACCCCCAGCACGCUCAUAUCAAAUAACCAUACUCGAUUCGACGAAGAAGGCCGUGUGGACGAGGUGGCUGGCACUCCAAACGAUGUGGGGCAUCCUUACCCAGGCUUCAACCUCCCGAGCUACUCAGGCCCUCCAGACCACCCGAAUCUUCAAUGGCCACAACAACUACCUCGAAAUUUCGCCCGGCAUCCUCAACGUACGGUGCCUAUGACCAGCUCGUUCUCUUCCGACAUGUUUGGGACAGACACCACGGUUGACGAGACUCGCAAUCCUCAGUAUCAUCGAAACAGCGAGAUCCCGCAUCCUGAUGUAACGAGUCGACGAAAUCCUUCAUAUCAACGGCCUCACCGGCAGGGCAGUUCCGACUUCAAUAGCCCAGACCGUCGCCAUUCCUCGAGAUCUGCCGAUGGCCACGCUCCACUCUCGGAACUCGGUUCGUCGCUGAGAACCCAUAAUAGACGGAGUUUUGACCGAUACUCGACUGAUGUUCCAAAUGGUGCGACUGGACCAAACGGGCCGAUUCGCUCACCAUCGUCUCGUGGCGCAGAUCGAAUGGCGGCUCGAAGGCAACGUCCAAUAGGGCAUCCUCUCUUUCGUCGGAUGUCUAGCCAUAUGGAGCACCCCAAUGUCCCUUCGACUGAGCAAUUGCGAGAACUCCGAGAGAAAUUACGGCACCUACUGCCAGCCGAAUUGCCAGAGGGGAUUGACGCAAUGUGCGACAUCUGCCAAAAGGAUUAUUCGACCAAGCACGUGGAUCCUUCAGAAUAUGAUGAGGUCGCGAUCCAGCUACCCUGCAAGCAUGUUUUUGGAGAGCACUGCAUUCACACCUGGUUCGACACAUGCAAGAAACACAAGAACAAGAUCACCUGUCCAAUGUGUCGGAAGGUGCUCAUCGAACCGCGGUGUCGCGAAAAUGCACAAUCUCGGGGACAGUUGUUAGAGAGACUGGACAGAUUGCGGAGACAAGGAGACGGAGGUCCGUUCUUCGAACAUAUGCCCAGGGCGAUAUUUGAAGGUAGAGUGGCAAGAGAGCCAUGAGCGGCCUGUCACAGGCAGUUGUCUUUCUGGGUACUCGCAUUGUGCAUCAGCAUGGGUGGCGUUUUAUGGAGGCGCUGCUGGCGUGCCUUAUUCAUCCGGGGUGGUUCUUUGUUGGACGUUUUGCAUAUAAUGACGGCGGACUCAGUAGGAAGGAUAAUCGGGUAGUCUUGCCGACGGCGUGAACAUAGGAUCUGCCAUGUGGCGGGAAGCAGUGGUAGGGUUGGGGUUGAGGCCGCAGGUAAUGACGGGAGCAGACAG